GCUUGUGGCUAGGCCGUGCGUCGUUCCAACAAAAUGGCGCUGUACAUACAAUUAGCCUCGUGGGGUUCGGUGCUGGAGUCAGUGUGAAUUGGCAGAUGGGUUUUCUCGUUCUUGGUUUUUUUUUUGGAGCGUCUAUAUCUUUUGGUUCAACUUAUUUGGUUGGGGGGAGUGGGAUCACGAUACACUUCGUUCUUUUUUUUUCGUUGCCUCAUUUCUCUUCAAAAAUACUGGCGCCUCGAGUCUGCUUUUUUGAUUCUUUUUUUUCUCCCCCUUCCAUUCGAAUUUUAUCUUUUGGUUCAUGGAUUUUUGGAGGGAGGUGUAUUUAUGGGUAUAUGUGCUCUACGUUUUUUUUCCUUUGUCUUUUUUCAUUUUUUUUCCUGGGAGGGGGAGGGGAAUGGGGAAGGAAAUACGCGGAGGAUGGGGCACGGGGGGCAUGGGGGGGCGUGCAAGGCCGCGCAAUCAUAGGCCUUGCUUUUCGGACGGUGAUCGGGAGUUAUUUUAUUUUAUUUUUUGGCGCUCUGUUUUGGAUCUGGUAUCUACAUGCAUGUUGGUUGGAACUUGGGGGAUCACCGGGGACCGAAGGGUUUGAAGGUUGGAUGGUUGGAUGGAUGGAUGGAUGGAUGGAUGAAAAAGACAAGGAAUUUUGACCAUGGACUCGCCGGAAAGAUGAUGGGAGAUGGGAGAUGGGAGUCGGGAGUCGCGACACACAUCAAUGGUCGGUUCGUAAUCAAUACAUC